AUGGACAAGGAUCCAGUGACUGAGGAGAUAUUACAUCUCACCCUCGAGAUCAUCUACCUUCUGACAGGAGAGGUGGGAAAUUCUGCAAACACCACAGGGACAUCUCUCUUAUCCUCUUCAGUGUACCAACCACCUGUAGACAGUUCAUUUGAAACUUCUCGAGUGGCUGUUUCAUCCAUUUACUGGACAGGAGUCAAUCAUAGAGAUAUUUUUUUAAUACAUUAGGUAAGGUAAGUCUUCAGGAAAAUAAGGCAAUGGAGUGAGUAGAUAGCACAGAAAAAUAAAUGUUUUUUUUUUUUCUUCAUAUACAGUGAAGUACACAAUGCACUGAUUUUUAUAAUUAUUUCUCAUUGUGUAGGAUUAUAUUGUUGUGAAGAAGACGAGUGAGUAUGUCUCACUCAGUAGCAAUCCAAAUGUAUUCAAAGGCUCCCCCAUGGCACAGAAUCCCAGCACGGUGCCUCCGCCUCCCGUCCUGAUCCAUGAGAAAAAACAUGAUCAGAAGAUCCUGGAACUGACCAAUCAGAUCAUUGAGCUGCUGACUGGAGAGGUGAGACUGCUGGGAAUGGGACAUUAUACAGUAAAACCAAGGAUUGUGUCUGGAUGAUGUUUGUAUUGUGUGUUUCAGGUUCCUAUAGGGUGUGUGGAUGUCACUGUGUGUUCCUUCAUGGAGGAGACCAAGUGUUUAGAAGAAAAUAAAGAUAUUAACAAGGAUGUAAUAAAAGAAAAUCACCAGCCCAUCAGCUCAAUGGGUAAGAGAAGGUUUAUCAGUGGCUAUGUUUUCUACUUGUAUAAAGGGAAAUAUUUUCCAAGUGCCCUGCAUCCUCCAUUUAAUAAACACAGGGGUCAAAAUUUCCAUUUGCCCCAUCGUGGUUAGUGAGUAGAGCCCUGGCAAAGGAUUUUAUGAGUUUCUCUGACUGACCCGGUAGCAUCCCUUCUAGGAGCAUGAUGUGCAGUAUCCUCUGAUAUGAGACUUCUAACAUGGAGCUCACUCUGUGCUGAUAAAAUGAUUUACAAGCUGAAACUGUCAGGGUCCAGAAUCAGAGUACACUUUCUAUGUCCGUACAGUCUGGGCCAUCUGUCUCUCGCAGCCUGGGCCAUUUGUCUCUUGCAGCCUGGGCCAUCUCUAUCACGCAUCCUGGUCCAUCCUACAUACAACCCUUCUCAGGAUUGAGUUGAAAUCACACAAAACAAUGACCUGAAAGUGGACAGGCUUAGUUACCACUGCUUAACUUGAUGGUAAUACAGGUCUAUGUACUUGCUGUAUACUGCCCCUGUGCGGCAUAUUGAACUUGUAUACACUGUCAGUAUAUUAUAUCGGCAGACAUUUUGUGCUAAGAUAGAAAUUAAAAGUGUAUAUUGUCAAUCACACUCGGAACAAAACUAACUCCAUUUUGGAUUUACAGGCUAAGAAAGACACAGAAUUUCUCUUUAGUCAUUCAAGUCUGAGUUAAGGAAUACAUAUGUAAACAAGGCAAUGAGUCUCACAGCAAGGAUGGGGGUGGAAAACUAACCCAGAGAGACAAAUAUAUAUAUAUACAUACAUCUAAAUACACUAUACACUUAUUUUACUAUUAUAUUAAUUACAUAUAAUCAGUAUUAAGGUAAUAUAGACCAUUCAUGGAUAAAUAUUCAUGAAGAAAUAUAUUAUUUAAUAAAUGUUAGUGGAAUAGAAAAAUAAUGUCUCACAACUUCACAGAAGGCCAGAUACCAGUGACUGUAAAAUUUAGAAAGUAAUUAAUUUUACUUUCUAAAUCUUACAAGGUCCCAUUGUAAGAAAUAGGGUGAAAUUAAGGUUAGGAGGUGUCAAAUUUAGAAAACCGAUUGAAAUCGCCACCACGAAGACUCGGGUAAACGCUUUGAACUGGCAGCAAAUUUGAGUUAUAAUGGCCAUUAUAGAUUAGCCAAAUUACGUCAAAAUCAUCAUCAUUUUUAGUUAACUCUUUCCAGGACAAGAAAUUUUGGUGAUGUUAUUGCGCCAUCUACUGACCAAAAACUAGAUAAUACUAGAUAAAGGUGGACACACCUACAGUUCCCUACUGGCCGAUCAACUAAUGACGUGCAGAAAGUUUGGCCCUUUAAAAAGUAAGAUUCAAGACAGAGAAAUCCAGGACAGACAUUCAAGACAGAAAUUGAGGACAAACAUACACACUUUCUGGGACUUACACUCUCUCAAACUCUCUUUGACUCAACUUUCCAAACCAACACCACUUUCUCUAUUACAUGCACACCUCCAUACAAUCAUAUUCAUACUUGCAUUCAAUUCCUGGGACUAUCUAUUCAUCUGAUAAGAAGAGCAUCUGAUAAGGGCAUCUACAGCAUAACUGGUAAUUAUGCUGGUUUUACUUAAUUCAUUUAGAUUAAAGAUUUACUAAUUGCAGGAAUAUAUGCCUGGAUAAAUCUCGGUCAGAUUUCAAUUAUUAGAAAUCUUAGUUAACUAAAAGAAUAUAUGGUUAUAAAAACUCCAUACCUGCAGGUGGAGUAAGAUAAAGAUGUAUUAAAGGAACACUAUAGUCACCUAAAUUACUUUAGCUAAAUAAAGCAGUUUUAGUGUAUAGAUCAUUCCCCUGCAAUUUCACUGCUCAAUUCACUGUCAUUUAGGAGUUUAAUCACUUUGUUUCUGUUUAUGCAGCCCUAGCCACACCUCCCUUGGCUAUGAUUGACAGAGCCUGCAUGAAAAAAAUAAACUGGUUUCACUUUCAAACAGAUGUAAUUUACCUUAAAUAAUUGUAUCUCAAUCUCUAAAUUGAACAUUAAUCCCAUACAGGAGGCUCUUGCAGGGUCUAGCAAGCUAUUAACAUAGCAGGGGAUAAGAAAAUCUUAAUUAAACAGAACUUGCAAUAAAGAAAGUCUAAAUAGGGCUCUCUUUACAGGAAGUGUUUAUGGAAGGCUGUGCAAGUCACAUGCAGGGGAGGUGUGACUAGGGUUCAUAAACAAAGGGAUUUAACUCCUAAAUGGCAGAGGAUUGAGCAGUGAGGCUGCAGGGGCAUGUUCUAUACACCAAAACUGCUUCAUUAAGCUAAAGCUGUUCUUAUUGGAUGGUUCCAGGAAUGUUUAAUGAUCUGGUAUGAACAUUAUUUUAAUUGAAAAUUGCAUGAGAAUAGGAUAUUAUAUGCCUAGGAGGAUUCUAGCCAGCAGUGGAAUAGUUAAUCAGGAUCUAACUGAUAGCUAAGAUUUUAUGGCUUCUCGCUUCACUGUUGUGUUCUGUGUGCUGUGAGAUUGUUUACCUAUCAUAAAUCUUGCUAAAUUCUUGGCAACUGGUUAUUUUUUAGUUGCUGUACUUGUUUAAAUAUUGCUAUAUUGUAUGCCAAUGUUAUACCUAAAUAUUCACUGAGUGCAUGUUACAUUUUAUUAUUAUUGUCACAAUAAAUUAUAUUUCUAUAAAGAAAUUGUAAUUUUAUUGUAUGGAGUAAAAAUCCUCAAAUGAAUGGACUCUAAGAGAAUAAAAAUAGUGGGAAGUUCUCAGCUUUAUUAUAUUAUUAAAUUCUGGACAGUGCCGAUAUAUCGAUUUUGAUAUAAUAAAUUAAAUUUUGAUAAUUUUUAUGAAAAUAUUGUUUUAAUAUUUAUCACCCGGCACCCAGACUGGAUACCUUGGUUGAAGGAUGCUCCUAGUGCUUCCUGAGGGCUCCAAGCACUCCAGCUGACACCAUAACCACCGCAGACUCCUUCAGAGAGCAAGACAGGAACAAGCUCUUACAAGAGCUUAGUAGUGAUAUAGCAAGAGAGUAUGACUAGCAUAGCAAUCCCUUGUAGCAGAUUGCCCCCAAUAAGAGACGGAACUCCAAAUUGAGGGUGAAGUAGAACUGAAGUUUUAGUGAAACACCCUGCUUUUAUGCACGUUUUACUCACACAGUACCGCCCACAGGGUUUUGAAAAACAACCAAUCCAACAUGUACAAUAUUGUAAAACACUCCCAUUCAUUCCCACAAAAUCCUCCCCUCUGUCUGUGAUAUAAUUACUGAACACAGUGGGUUAAUGUAAUUAUCACAGGCAGGAAAAAUAUACUUUUUAUACAUGUACUGUAACUUUAAAACUACAUGUGGCAAACCUAGCAUAACAGAUCACCUGGCACCCCGACUAGGUACCUCAGUUGAAGGAUGCUCCUAGCGCUUCCUGAGGACUCCAAGCACUGCAGCAGACACCACAACCACCGAACAGGAGAAGCAUAUGAAUGCUCUCAAGCAUAUGAAUGCUGUAAGCAGCUGAACAGGAAAAGCAUACUGUAACGGACCGUUUUGCACACAAGGGGUAAAAACCGUUUAGGCGAUCAUCACCCUUUCCAGAGAUGCAGGCACAGCUAUUGUAGAACACCAAACACACGAACCACCAAUAAGUGAAUGCUCCAAACUCCCGAACGGCAUCCAAUAUAGCACUCCAAACACACGAACAGGAACCAUCCGAAUCACUGCUAGCAGACGAAUAGGAAAAGCAUCUAAGCGGCUUACACUCCUAGCAAUCAGUUUCUAUCAGCAUUCAGUAAAUCCCCCCCAAAGACGAGACAAGGCUCCGUGUUGAGGGUCAAGCAAUGGUCAGACAGAGCUGUGGGUUUAUUGUGCUUAUGUACACAUUCUUACACAUUAGUACCAGCCACAGGGUUUUGGAACACAACCAAUAAACACAUACAAUACACUCAGACACUCCCACACAAAUUCCUCCUCUCUGCAUGUGAUUCAAUUACCUUGCACAAUGGGUAAUGUAAUUUAGCACAAGCAGAGAAAUAAAAUUUUUCCACAUUAUUCAUAACUUGAAAAGUAUGCAUCACAUUCACAUUCACUUACAUUUUCAGAAUCAGCAUACUCCAAAUACAAACAUACGUUAAAAUCAUACAAAUUGGUCCAGUGGUUCAAAAGAUAGAUCGUAGUCCUUUGUGACCACAGGAAGCAUGGCUUUUCUGCCCAAAACCAGUUCCACAGAGUCUUCUAUCCUGGAGAUAAUUAGAAGUAAUCCAAUUAUCUCCAAAGACAGAGGCAAAACUCCAUUGAACACAUGGCAGCAAAAAGACAGUAAAAUACGAUAAAAUACACAAGGUUACAUUUAUGACAUAAAAUACAGACAUGCAACAUAUGCCCAGAUAGCUUAGGUCUGAGCGCACAUUAUUACUGAAUGGCGCUCAGAGCACACACAUACAGUUCAAUUGCCAUGGAGCCAAAGUCUUUCCCAUAGACUUUCAUUAUACGAAUGGGCUCCAUGGCAUAGCUAUCUGGGGUGUCACUGCUCAAACAGGGCAAGCACCAAAUGACCCAGCUUUCUUGUCUUUGCAGGGGAAAAUCAAGCCUUUUAACAUGGGGCCAUAAUCCAAAGGCAACAGGCGAGCAACCAGGCUUCUCCAAAGCAAUGUGGCGAGAUUGCUCUCGUCACGCAUACAAUCAGCUUACACUCCUGGCAAUCAGCAUACAAUCCAAUUCCCCCAAUAACGAGACGACACUUCAUUUUGAGGUCAAGCAGAACUGACUGUAUUGGCACAUACAGCCUCUUUUAUUCCCAAUCCACAAACUUAGUACUGCCCACAGGGUUUUACAGAACAACCAAUAACACACGUACAUUACAGAAAACAAUCCCAGCAAUUAUACACAAAAUCCUCCCCUCUGCCUGUGAUAUAAUUAUGGUACACAAUGGGUUAACAUAAUUAUCACAAGCAGGAAAAAUACAGUUUUUAUACAUGUGCUAUAACUUUAAAAAUAUACGUCCAAUCUUCAUAAAAAAUUACAUAUUCAGAAUCCGCAUGCUUGAAAUAUACACAUAUUCAAAAAUCAGGGUAAUCAGUUCAGGGGUUAAAAAGUUAAAGGAAAGUCCUAUUUGACCAAAUGAAGUAUGGUUGUUCUGCCCAAAACCAGUUCCACAGUCUUCUAUUCUGGAGAUAAUUGGGAAGUAAUCCAAUUAUUUCCAAGGACAGAGGCAAAACUCCAUUAACCAUGGCAGUAAAAAGACAGUAAAUGACAUAAAAUUACAUACGGUUACAUUUAUUACAUAAAAUAUACACAUUCUACCUAUCCCCAGAUAGCUUAGAUCUGAGCGCACAUUACUACCGAAUGGCGCUCAGAUCAUAUACAUACAGUUAAAUCGCCAUGGAGCCAAAAUCUUUCCCAUAGUCUUUCGUUACACGAAUAGGCUCCAUGGCAUGGCUAUCUGGGGAGAUGCUGUUCAUACGGUCAAACUACCGAAUGAACAGUGAUUCGGUUCUGUGACGAGACCAAUCUCGCCACAUUGCAUUGGAGAAGCCUGUUUGCUCGCCUGUUGCCUUUAGACUAUGGGCCCCAUGUUAAAAGACAUCUUUUUUACCUGCAGAAAAGAUUUAUUCGUUCUUUUCUGCCUGGUGUUCAGUAGAUUCAAUCUAUCGAACAACCGCACGAAUGACUGGACCACCUGGGAGCUGGAGUGUGCCGGUAAUAAGCCUCCCUGAAGCUGCGGUUAACCACAGCUUAAUUGACGAAUGCUGGGUGGCCGCCAUUCGUAUCACGAACACGAGGUCGCGGCCAUUUUAAACAUGCGAACACACAGCGGUGUUCGACGCUUAAUUCAUGGAACUGAAAUCGGACACAGUUUUGGUAGUUUUGGUUCGGUAGUUUUGCUUGAAUGUGUUAUACCCCAGAUAGGAAUCCCAUGGAGCCCAUUCGCAUGAGAAACUGACUGUGUAAAGACUUUGGCUCCAUGGCGAUUACACUGUAUUCAUGUGGUGUGAGCGCCAUUCGCUUAAUAAUGUGCGCUCAGACCUGGGCUACAUGUUGAAUGUAUAGUUUUAAUGUAAUGUGUCUUACAUAGUGUAUUUUAAUAGUAAUUCAUGUUUAGUAUCCCCACGUGCAUAAUGGCGAUUUGCCUUUGUCUUGGGAGAUAAUUGAAUUACUUCUCAAUUAUUUCCAAGGCAGAGGGGAGGAAGCCAGGAUGCAUUGUGGGAAUAUAAUGUGACUGUGUGUCCUAUUUGUCAACUUGUCUGUCUUUUGUCACAGUCUCCCAUUUGGUCCCCUAGGGGAGUGUCCACCAGGUGGGAGACCUGCAUAAAUACUGGGCAGGUAGCCCUCAUUAAACAGACCACUGCUUGACCCUCAACACGGAGCCUUGUCUCGUCUUUGGGGGAUUUACUGAAUGCUGAUAGAGACUGAUUGCUAGGAGUGUAAGCCGCUUGGAUGCUUUUCCUAUUCGUCUGCUAGCAGCAAUUCGUAUGGUUCCUGUUCGUGUGUUUGGAGUGCUAUAUUGGAUGCCGUUCGGGAGUUUGGAGCAUUCACUUAUUGGCGGUUCGAGAGUUUGGUGUUCUACAAUAGCUGUGCCUGCAUCUCUGGAAAGGGGGACGAUCGCCUAAACGGUUUUUACCCCUUGUGUGCAAAACGGUCCGUUACAGGUUCCACUACCGAAUGCAGAAGUAAGGAGGCUGGCGGCUCAGCGGUGUUUGCGCAAUUAACUGUCCAUUUUCAGUUCCAUAGUUUGGGCGCUGAACACCGCUGGCCGUUCUGGAGCUAAAAUGGCCGCUGCCACGUGUUCGGCAAAUGAACAAAGGCCAUCUUGGAUUCUUUGUUAGCCCAGCGGUGUUUGGUCGUUGAGCGCCUGGAACUUAAAUCGGCUACUCGGCGGCGCGAACACCGCUGGCCUUCCAGGCCGUUCGGAGCCCCGGUCUUUCGGUAUUGGGAUCCCAAAAUGUAUUCGGUACUUUUAGGAGAAUAUGAUAUAAAAGUGUAUUUUGUGCAGCGUUCGGUUAUUUAUGCUGGGAUCUGAGCGGUACUUUCACGAAAUGCUAUCUACCGAACAGUCGUUCGCUAAUAUAAGAUGAAUAAUGUAAAAGUUGUGUAUUUUUGUGUAAAAUGACAGUUCUGCUGCACGGAGGGAUAAUCCACUUAACAGGAUAUUCUAGUGGGAGUAUCCCUCUCGUGCAGCAGUGCAUGAUGGGAGAAAUGUCCGGGUUGUUAAGUUCCGCAUGUAGUCCCCUACUGUACAACCCCUGUAGUGUCAGUAGGGAAACCCCUUGCAUAAAUACUGUGACAUGUGAUUAAAAGUUCAGUUGACUCUCAGAACUGUGUUUUGUCCGGUUACUGGGAGAUUUGGGAUAUUGCCUGCUUUUCCAGCACUUUACUUUGGAUUACCUUCUAUACCAGCGGAGAUCUUGGGAUUUAACAUUGCAGCUCUGCUACACUAUACAUUCAAUCUUCAUAAAAAUUACAUAUUAAUAAUCAGCAUACUUUAAAUAUAAACACUCUCAAAAAUCAUACAAAUCUCUCCAGCGGUUAAAAAGUUAACUGGAAGUCCUUUCUGACUGACCGCAAGCACAUUUUCAUGCCCAAACCAGUUCCAUUGAUUUGGGCUGUGCGGUCGGUCUAUUUCAGGCAGGAAAAAUGACUAAGUCCUAUUUGAAGGCACGAACGGGGCACCAUUGGUGCAAUUGGCUCAGUAUAGCAUGUGACAGAACGCUGGCACUCCGACCGAGUACCUCCGCCAAUUGAUGCUCCUAGCGCUUGCUGAGGACUCCAAGCACUUCAACCGACACCAUCAGCACUGCAGACCCCACUUCCAGUGAUGCAGCUGCGCCAGGGUCUCGCCGUCUUUCACCCACCUUGGACCCAUGGUCAGGAUCCAGCUUCCAGUGGGCAGGCCUCUCUUCUUCCAGAGAGCGUAACAGGAACAAGCACAGCUCUUACUAGAGCUUACUCUGGGGAGUAUAGUGUGAUGAUGGCAAUCCCCAAGAGUGUAGUUAUCCCAUCUCCCAAGCAUGAGCCAAGGCUUCAAGAAAGGGUCAAGCAGUUCUGUUUAAUGGCAGCAAAGGGCUCUCUUUUAUGCAAGUUUUUACACACACAGUACCACCCACAUGGUCUUGUGGAACAGCCAAUCAAACACGUACAAUACAGUUAAACACUCCCAUCCAUUACAGCAAAAUCCUCCCCUCUGCCUGUGAUAUAAUUACUGAACACGAUGGGCUAAUGUAAUUAUCACAGGCAGGAAAAUACUGUUUUACACAAUAUUCAUAACUUUAAAAGUAUACAUCACAUUCACAUAAAACUUACAUUUUCAGAAUCAGGAUACUCCAAAUACAAACAUACUAAAACAUCAGACAUUCCCUCCAGUGGUUUAAAAGUUAGGUGGAAGUCCUUUUUGACCGACUGCAAGCAUGAUGUGGUAAGCCAAUUAUCUCCAGGUACAGAAAAUAUCUCUAUUCACAACAACAGCAAAAAUACAUAAUUCCUAUCAUACUGAACAGAACCCCCACAUUCAACCUACCCCCAGAUAGCUUGGAUCUGAGCGCUCAAUAUAUCCGAACAGCCUCAGAUCCCACGAACACAGUCAAAUCACCAUGGGGUUUAAGUUUAGCAAGGGCUGAAAUAGAGAUUGAGGAGGGACAAAGCAGACAGUUUAAACUGGUCUGGCAGUGUCCCUGGGACAACGCCCUGCUGGAGAACAAUAGGACAGGAAAAGGCACAUUCUCCUAUGCAAUCAAAGGUGCAGAAUUGUGCCAGUUCCAAUUAAAGGGCCAGAACAGUCUUUUAAACACCAAUAAGUCCAAAUAGUGUUUUUAACUGGCAAAGUCUCCCAGGGACCUUAGUCACGUGGUAGGAGUCUGGCAAUUAGUCCUCUCCAGGCACAAGCGGCGAAGGGCACUUCGUCACAUAGCAGUACAUUCAAACUGUCAAACGGGACUUAGUUUCCAGCCGCAGAGUCUAAGUUCGGCCGAAUAAAGAUGGCCGUUUUCGUUUGUACGAACGGCGGCCCCCUCCAGCGGUCGGCAAUUUACUUACAGCAGGCUCCCAGUCUGGGAGGUAAAUUGCCUGCACGCUUCCACUUCUGGGUGGUCCGCCUGUGUGGUACUUGGUUCAGUAAGCCCCAUUUACUGAACCAAGUGGGAGAAAAUGAUUUUACAGGUCUGUGGACGUGGUCUUAAAGGGGCAUUAUCCGACAAAGUCUCCAUAUGUCCUCAGACAGUUCUUAAAGGGCCAGCACGGUCCAAUACAAGUCCAUAAGCACAAAUGCAGUUGUUAAAGUGCCCAAUCUCCCAGGGGCCAUAGUCCCAAAGUAUAGGGCUAGCAAUCAGUCCCCUCCAAAAACCAGUGGUGAGGUCCCUUUUGCCGCAUCACCCCAUAAAUAUCCCCACAACACUGCACAAUUAUAAUGCAUGCUCUCACAGUGAUCUUGAUUUCCACCUAUUUCCCAAAAUGAAGACCGUCUCCAGGUGCUCUGUUUGGAUUUCAACUACUCUGGAAUUCAGAACUGAACAAAUACCGUAAGACUUAAUCUUUACACCAAUUGACUGUUACCUUUUUUUUUUUUUUAAUCAAUGAGAAAUACAAUUAUUAUUUCUUUGUUUUCCCAACAGAUUUCAUUCAAGACGGAAAUGUAUCUGUAGGUUCUGAUACACAGUUUGUAAGAGAUUAUAUACAAGAGGAUGUAAUUGUUAAAGAGCUUAAAGUGGAAGAAUUUAAUGGAAUAUCUGAGCCAGACAUUAUUCAAAAUUACAGUUUGAAAAAUGAGGAGUUUCCUAUAUGUGAAGAAGUACAUUUUACAGAUAAUUAUACACCCACAGAGUAUCAUAUUAAGGAGGAAUCAGCAUCAUGUGAAGCCGGAUAUCUUAAACUUAUUUCUACACCCACAGAACAUCCAGAGGCGAAAUAUCCAUCUACUCAUUUUAAAGAGGAACCGACCUCGUGUGAAGAAGCAGAAAUAGACAUUUAUACAUCCACAAAGCACACACAAACAGAAUAUCCAUCUGAUAUCGAAGAGCAAAGAACAGAAACAGGAAUAUUUCAUCAUAAAACACAGAUUGCUGAAAGGAGAUACCCAUGCUCCAAUUGUCAAAGAUGUUUCACCAGCAGUUCAGAUCUUUUUAAACAUCAGGCAGUCCAGAAAAUGCCAAAGCCAGCUUGUUCUGAAUGUGGGAAAUGUUUCUCCUCAAAAUCAAAUCUUACUGCUCAUCAGAAAAUCCACACGACAUUUAAACCUUUUUCCUGCUCCUGA